AUGUCUCGUGAAAACAUAACAUUUGUAAAGGACUUUUUCAUUGUUGGUUUUCCUGGACUUCAUCCUAACUACUAUGCCCUUUUAUCUGCAGUUAUGUUCUUUGUCUAUUUGUGCAUAUUGAUAGGGAAUGGCAUUUUUCUUCUUUUGUUUGCAACACACAAGUGUCUUCACAAAUCCAUGUAUUUCAUUUAUUUAAGUCUUGUAUUGUCUGAUGUGUUGUUCAGUACAUGCACCUUACCAAAAAUUAUAGCUAGAUAUUGGUUUCAAGAUGGGACCAUUUCUUUCACAGCUUGUUUUUUCCAGAUGUACUUAGUGCAUUAUUUUGGUGUUGUCAAUUCAUACACACUAGCCAUAAUGGCCAUAGAUCGAUAUAUUGCAGUCUGCUUACCUUUUCAUUAUCAUGCUUUCAUGUCAAACAGGAAUAUAUUAAUCCUGACCAUAGUAGUCUGGGUUUUUGCUCAUGCUAGCUGUAUAAUGAUGGUUGUUCGGGCUUCCACCCUUCCUUACUGUGAAGCUAACACCAUUUUACACUGUUACUGUGACCAUGUAUCUAUUACCCGACUUGCAUGCACUAACAGGAUGCUUUAUAGUUUUCCAGCUUUUGUUUAUGCCAUGGUAGUAUUACUAGGAUCUCUUGCCAUUAUUCUUAUCUCAUACUCCUUUAUUAUUUUAGCUGUAUUUCAAAUAUCAACUGCACAUGGAAGGCUAAAAACCUUUUCCACAUGUAGUUCUCAACUUAUUAUUAUUGCACUCUUUUUUCUACCUAGAUGUUUUAAUUACUUGGCUGCAAAUAUAGGUAUAAUUUUUAAUGCUGAUUUGCAAAUAGCCAUCAUUAUGCUGUAUAGUCUGCUACCUCCAAUUAUAAACCCUUUACUAUACAGUCUAAAAACAGAAGAAGUUAAGAAAAUUUUGAUAAGAAUGAUUAAAAAAGGGAAAGUUGACAUGACCUAA